GCGGUGAUGCGGCGGGGGAUGCAUACUUGUGAGUGUGUCAGCAGAUGCGAUCCUUCCACUCCAGGGUUGGCCACAUGACGGACAGGGUGACGAGGGAUGCCGAGGCGGAGACCUGUGUAGGGGACGAGGAGACGAGCAGGUGCGCGUCAUGGUGGGUGGAGCACGGCGCGUGCUUCCCGGACUUGCAGGAGAUCGCUAGCCGUGUGAUUCACAUGUGGACAACCGCCUCUCCUGCUGAGAGGAAUUGGGCAGAGCAUGAGCGCAUCCAGACGGCCAAGCGCAACAAGCUCAAGUUCCGGAAGGUCGCGCAGUUAGUUGAGAUUGCUACCAAUCUCAAACUACUUGGCUGGAGCGACCGCAGCAGGGGGUACGUUCUUCCGUGGCGCCACAUGGAGACCCUGGCUGAGGCGCGCCCUGACGAGUACACACACACCCCGACCACCACCGACAGGGAUGAUGAGGAGGAGCCUGAGCCAGAGGAGUGGGGAGCCCGACCUCAGUCGGCAGUGGCCGCACACGAGGUUAGUGCACAGGUCCGUCGAUUCCAGCAGCAGGGUUUUCGUCGUCCGAAGCGAGUUGCUGAGGUUUUCGGUCCCAGAGCCGAGACACUUCAUCCUUACGACUAUGUGCCCCCACCGCCAGCAGAGCCGGCGGAGACGUCGGAGUAGGAGUCCGACUCGGAGGAUUUGCCGCCCGGUGUAGAUAAGAGUGUCGA